CCUUGGCCGCGCGGACGCAUUGGCUGCGCGGGGCGCGGGCGCACCGUGGCACUUUGAACCGGUCUCCCAGCGGCUGCUGCUAGGGUCUGGGUGGAGUCGGGUCGAGUGAGGCCGGGGCCGACUUCGGGCCGGGGUGAAGCGGCCCGGGCGUCCGCUCCUGGGGCCAUGGCAGCCGAAGCGCGUGUGUCUCGCUGGUACUUCGGGGGGCUGGCCUCCUGCGGGGCCGCCUGCUGCACGCACCCGCUGGACCUGCUUAAGGUGCAUCUGCAGACGCAGCAGGAGGUGAAGCUGCGCAUGACCGGCAUGGCGCUGCAGGUGUUGCGCACUGAUGGCAUCCUGGCGCUCUACAACGGCCUGAGCGCCUCGCUGUGCAGACAGAUGACCUAUUCGCUGACGCGGUUCGCUAUCUAUGAGACCGUACGGGACCGCCUGACCAAGGGCAGCCAGGGGCCUGUGCCCUUCUACAGCAAGGUGCUACUAGGAGGCAUCAGUGGUUUAACUGGAGGCUUCGUGGGGACCCCUGCAGACUUGGUCAAUGUCAGGAUGCAGAAUGACAUGAAGCUGCCUGUGAAUCAGCGGCGCAACUAUGCCCAUGCCCUGGACGGCCUGUACCGCGUGGCUCGUGAAGAGGGUCUGAGGAAGUUAUUCUCUGGUGCAACCAUGGCAUCCAGCCGCGGGGCUCUUGUCACUGUGGGCCAGCUGUCCUGCUACGAUCAGGCCAAGCAGCUGGUCCUCAACACUGGUUACCUGUCUGACAACAUCUUCACUCACUUCAUCGCCAGCUUCAUUGCAGGCGGGUGUGCCACGUUCCUGUGCCAGCCCCUGGAUGUGCUGAAGACCCGCCUGAUGAACUCUAAGGGCGAGUACCAGGGCCACCACACCCAGCUGGUACCAAACAAGGAGGGUCCAUCUGUCCCCCUGAGGAGGAGCCACUUCCUGUGCCUCUUCACUCUGUCUCCUUCAGGGGGUUUUUCACUGCGCCGUGGAGACGGCCAAGCUGGGACCACUGGCCUUUUACAAGGGCCUCUUUCCCGCUGGCAUUCGUCUGAUCCCACACACUGUGCUCACCUUUGUGUUCCUGGAGCAGCUGCGGAAACACUUUGGCAUCAGGGUGCCCACCUGAGGCCCCCACCAGGCUGAAGAUGGGUGGGGGUGUGGCCUCCCCUCCGGGGGCUCCUCCCAUCCCAGGCCCCGGCCCGGCUCCCCACCCUCCCUGGCGCCACUCCCUCUGCCCAGCAGGCAGUGGUGGAGCUGGGGGUGGCUGGCUGACCUGUGUCCGGCUCUGGCCGUGGUUUGCUCCUUUCAGGAGACAGUGCUGCAGAGGAAAGCACUGUCUCUGGCAGCCUCCACCAAGGACCAGGCAGGCAGCACGGGGCUUGGACCCUGCAGCUGCCCGCCACACUCGUGAGCAUGCGCACUUUACUCUCACGAGAGGGACCACAGCUUUAGCAUCCUCAGAGGUAGCGCCUCCCCCAGGCCCCAGUCCUGGGGGAGGGGGCAGGUGAGAGAUCACCAGCCAGGGCCAGGGUGGCGGUCCCCACACACCUCUCUCCUCUCCGGGUGCAGCCCCAGAUGCUUUAAUGGUUUGCUUUGCCAGACAAAACCUCACUGCCCACAGCCUGCUGCUGUCCACCUGCCUGGUGCCGAGGCCCUCGAUGCCUGCGUCCUCCCCUCCCUGGUGAAACAGGGCCACAGGCAGCUGUGGGCUGUGGUGUGUCCUCCAGGGCUCCCUGUCCGGUGUAGCCUGUGGUCACCCCACAAGAGCCCCUAGCUGCCAAAAACUGCUGCCACAGCAGCCUGUUGCCCUAAACAGGAUUGGGUAUCGUGUGGGCUCAAGCACUGUGCCCUGCAGCUCUGCAUGGGUCCAAUAAAGUAUAGUGACCCAGGUGA